AAUUACAAACUCCUCAAAGGCGGGAGAGUUUAAAAAGUUUUCCAUCUAGCACUUUGUACACAGUGUAGACACGUUGCGCUUGCGCGUUUAACGUUUGAAUAGUGUGUUUUUGCUUUACGUAAUACUUAUCUCAAGGAUCACUUGUGUAAUUAACAUUUAUAAUCAUAUUCAAAAUGUUAUAUUUUCAUACAAUAUAGAAAAGCUAAAGUUACUGAUGUGUUGUAAUAUAAAUAUUUGGCAUAAAGCAAAUGUGGUGCACAAGCUAUUAGUGAUAGGAAAAUAACACACAUCGAUAUAAGAGUAAAUAUCUUCCAAAACAACGUUGAACUAAGUAUAUAUUAUUUUUGGAGAUACAUUUUCUCAGAUACGGAUAACGUCAAGAUAACUCAGAGUACUCAGACAUUGACUGUUCAGAUAGUUCGUAAGAUACCUAACCCGCGCGCAGUUUGCUUAUCUCAUUCGAGAAUUCGACAGAUUUUUGUAAAGUGGUCAAGAUGAAAUUACCUUCAGUUAAAUUGCCUAAUAUUUUCAAAUCAGUGAGGUAUAAUCUUGCUGCAGUUAAUGGACUUUUUGUGUUAACCGGUGCACUGCUGCUGAUCGUUGGCGUAGUGGUUCUCGUGGAAAACAUACAAUACGAGGACUUCCUCACAAACCGAUUCUACACUGUCCCUGGCUUCGCGACUGCUACUGGCGUCUUAAUACUGCUUAUAUCUGUGCUCGGAUUCUACGCUGCGCUAUCGGAGAAGUUCUACUUUGUCGCUGUGUUCCUGGCUGGAUUGAUAAUAAUCCUAAUAUUCGAGAUCGCGAUCACUAUCGCCUCGUACUCUUUGGUAAAUGACGUCAACAGCGAGAUUAGAGCACCCAUGGUCAGCACUUUACAGUUGUAUGAAUCCAGGUUGGACAUCGCCAAGUUAUGGGACGAAUUACAUACGGAAUUCGAAUGCUGUGGCGUGGUCGGCGUGAGCGACUGGCAAUCCACGCGGGUACCCAUCAGCUGUUGCCACAUUGACUAUGGAACCGUCUCUCCAUUCAACUGCACCACUGCGCUGGCGUACACCACUGGUUGCUUGUCAUCUUUGGGAGAAUGGCUGUCUUACAACGUGUUUGUACUGGCGGUCUCUUCGCUCGUUGUCACUUGUAUACAGAUAGUGCUGACUGCCAUUUCUUCGUGGCUCACGUGGCGGUCGAAAUUCGAAUCAGUAGAACUAGAGUCUUAAGUUACUAUUAGAAUUUAGAAAUAAGUUUGUAAAUGUACUAUUAUUUAUACAUUUUAAAGUGUAAUUCCCCAUAGACAUAGGAAAUUAAGUAUAUGUACCUAAUACACCUAUAAAAUCAUUGUCAUACAUGUACAGCCAUGACAGUAAGCCAUUCAAUACUUAUUCUUUAAGUAAUAAAUAUUUUGUUUUUGACAACCAAUCAUUUUCAAUUUCCAUAUCUUUGCUUGUCAUGUGAGACUCGUGUCAUGGUCAUGAACUCAUGACGAAAUAGGGGUCGUUGCCGUCGUUGGUGUCGCGGAUAGUUCGAUGUUAACAAGAGAUAACAUUUUCAGAAUUUACUUGACUUCUUAUUAAUUUAAUUGACGACCGGUCUGGCUCAGUCGGUAGUGACCCUGCCUACUAAGCCGCGGUCCUGGGUUCGAAUCCCGGUAAGGGCAUUUAUUUGU